AUGAAUGUUUAAUAGGUUCCAAUAACAAAACCUCCUUCUCGUUCACCUAUGCAAACAUAUAACAUAGCCAAAAUAAUAAAAACAGAACCAUCACAAUCUGAUAGAUAAUUUUCAGCUGGUCAUAGAAUUGAACGAUCUAUGCUUUCACCAAGUUUUCUUGAUGAAGGUUCAGUUUUAGUUCAAAAAUUACCACCUAAUAAAUUAGUAAUAAAUUUAAAUAUCAAGGUAAAAGCUUCAGGUAAAUAUCCAGAAUUUUGUAUUCGAGAUCAAGAUACAGGCAAAGUUAUUGAUAUUCGUUAUUAAGAUUGGAGAAAUAAUUGGUUUUUUUAUUUUUAUAUUAUAGGAAUACAAAGAGUCCAAAUAAUGCAAAAUUGAUAAAAGCAGUGAAAAAUAAUUGCUAUAAUGAGGUUAGAGAAAUACUUCUAAAAGACAAGCCUGACGUAAAUGCAAGAGAUGUAGAAGGAAAUACAGUGUUACAUUUAAGUGUGAUGAGUGGAAACUCUAAAUUAGUAGGAUUACUAUUAUAUCAUGAAGCUCAAAUAGAUUCAUUAAAUUCAAAAUUAUAAACUCCUUUAAUGGUUGCUUGUAGUUUAGGUGCAGAAGAUAUAACUUAAUAAUUAAUUACAGCUGGAGCUGAUAUUAAUUCUUAAGAUAUUAACAAAAACACUUGUCUACAUUUAGCAACUAUGAAUGAAAGAUAAAAAAUUAUAGAUUUAUUACUAAAUAAACAAAGUUUGAAUCUAAAUUUAAAGUAUAUUGAAUUAUUUUCAUCUUAGAAAUAAAGAAAACAAAAUUGCUAUGGAUUACUCAUCCAAUUAAUAGAUAUUUCUGUAAGCUAUGCAAAAAUAAAAUAAUAAUUCAAUUAAAAUUUAUGAUGCAAGAACUGACUUUGGAAGUGAAAAUUCUAAUUCAUUUAAUGAAGAUAAAGUAGGUCCCCAUCAUUUUAAAGUACAUGCUCUUAUAGGAAGAGGUAGUUUUGGGGAAGUUUAUUUAGUUGAAAAGCUUGACACAAAUUAAUUAUUAGCUAUGAAAGUACUUCAUAAAUCAAAAAUAUAAAGUAAUAAUAAUAUUUUUAUAAUUGCAAGAGCAAAAUCUAACUAGAUAUGCAUUAACUGAGAGAAAUGUUUUAUCAUUAACUAAACAUCCAUUUAUUGUACGGUUAAGAUAUGCAUUCCAGACCUCUGAUAAACUCUGUCUAAUAAUGGAUUAUUGUCCAGGAGGAGAUUUAAGUUCUCAUUUGAGAAGAGAAUAAAGAUUUCCAGAAGAAAGAGUAAAAUUGUAUCUAACUUAAAUGAUUCUUGCUUUGGAAGAUUUACAUAAAAGAGAUAUUAUUUUCAGAGAUUUGAAACCUGACAAUAUUGUUUUGGAUGCAGAUGGUUUUGCUAUGUUAACUGAUUUCGGAUUAUCAAAGGAGGGAGUUUAAGAGCAUUAUUCUGGUGCAAGAUCAUUUUGUGGAUCUGUAGCUUAUUUAGCACCUGAAAUGCUCAAAAGAUGUGGUCAUGGAAAGGCUGUAGAUUGGUAUUUAUUAGGAGUUGUUAUGUAUGAACUUUUAGUUGGACAACCACCUUAUUAUGCUAAUGAUAGAGAAGAACUUUUUAAUAACAUUUAAAAAGCUGAUCUUAAAUUACCAUCAUACAUAUCAAAUGAUGGGAUUAAUCUUUUGAAAGCAGUAAAAUUAUUAAUCUCUAUACACUUUUAGUUAUUAUAAAGAAAUCCAGCAAAAAGAUUGGGUUCUGGUAAAGGAGAUGCAGAAGAAAUAAAGGCUCAUCCUUAUUUUAAUGAUAUUGAUUGGAAUCAAGUUAAAGAUAAAUAAAUCAAAAUGCCUAUUUUGAGUAGAAAAACAAGAUUUAUUAAGGUGGAACAUAAUGUUUUUGAAAUCGGUAGCUUUUUAGAGUAAUCUCAUUUGGCUGGCUGGUCAUUUGCAGAACAUAAAAUUUAAUAGUGA